ACCUUCUUCCUCAGGGCUAAUGUCUCAAAUCUCUGAAAUUGGAAACGAAAGCAUCGGAGCAAAUAGCCCGGAUGAUGGGAGCUUGGGAAACAGCUGAUGUUACAUUCCGAGCUUCCCAAUGGGUUAUUGGGAUGAUUCUGCACUUGUUUCAGAGAAUUUCUCUGGCCUGAAAAGAUUUAGAGAUAAUAAUGGAAAGAUGCUUUCUAGUUUAAACCCAUCGGAAACUCAGACUGGAGAAGCAGGGAACCGCCCUCCUGGUUUGACCCAUCAUUUUAGUUUGCCAAAGACUUCCACCGAGAUUGUUGCCAUGGAAAAGUUUUCUCAAGACUCUGUUCCUUGUAAGAUUCUAGCCAAGCGGGGUUGUGCCACUCACCCACGGAGCAUCGUAGAGAGGGUGAGAAGAACUCGGACUAGUGAAAGAAUGAGGAAAUUGCAGGAGCUUGUCCCAACAUGGAGAAGGUAAAACUUUUUUCAGACAUCACCGCCCUCUAAAACAAAU